AUGGCGGCGUUGCCGCCACGGCUCCGUCGCAAGGCUCCCUCCGAGUCCAACGUCGGAAGAACGCCUCCGGCGCUUCCGACGGGGGCGGGGGCGGGGGCGGGGGGCGGCGGCGGCGGCGGCGGGGUGAGCGGCAAGAUUUUGACGGUCAGCUCUGCCACCGAGCUGGAGGAGAAAGGGAUCGCUGGCCGCGCCAGCUCGCGAGGCGUGGCGGGCAGCAAACGGUUCGCCCCUUCCUCCGGAGGCAGCAGCACCACGAGCACCGCCGCCAACACAAGCUUCAGCGUCAGCCCAUCCACCUCUCGGUGGUCGGCGCAGUCCACCCCCGACCGCCCUCCCGUCCCCGGAAGGUGCCGCCUCCGCCGCCGCCGGCGACGACGACGCCGCUUCCCGGGCUUCGGCGACCGGCCCAGCGGGGGAGGAUGGCCCGGUCCAAGCGACCCCGCUGCUGUCUUCCUCUUCGGCAGGAGGGGGGGGCUGGGGCAACAGCAACAGCAACAACGCCACCACGCCACCGCCGCCCCGUUCGUCCCUCCGCCGCCGCCGCCUGCGGCGGCGGCGGCUGCGGGUUGCAGCGGCGGCAGCACUCCGACAGCAGCGGCGGUCGAUGGAAAGAGGAGCCCGACUGGCGGCGGCGCAGCGUGGAUCGGGCCCAUGCUUCGACGCCACCUCAGGCGCGGGAACCGAUCAGGAGGACCGGGAGGCGGCAUUGUUGUGCCCGCGGCGGCGGAGAGGGCGGCUGAUGCAGCCGAUGCUGUCGUCGAACCCGCGGCUGCGGCUGCGGCUGCGGCUGGGGCUGCUGCUAGCGUUGAGGAAGACCUCACAGUGGUGCCGUCGGGUCUGAUGAGGCUCCCACCCCCGCUCUCCCUCGAGAAGGCCAAGGAGUUGCAGCGGCGUUCUUCCUCGUCCGCUCUGGCGGAUGGCGGCAGCGGGUUGCUCGGUUUCGCCGACGAGGGGGGAUCUGGUAACAACGGCAACAACAGCAGUGUCCUCCCCGCUGUGGAAUCGUCGGGGAUGCCGACGGCGAUCGAUGGCCCUACGGCUGCGGCGGCAAUGGCGGCCGGUUGGAAGUGCUCGGGCAAGCACGGCGCGGCCUUUGCCGUGGUCGUCGCACCAGGAGAAGAGGACGAGGACGACCACGACCACCACGACGACCACCACCACCACCACCGGCCGCAGCAGCAGCAGCAGCAGCAGCAGCAUCACAGACGGCCGCAUUCUAUCGACUGGACUGAGGCCCCGCAGGUGGUACCCGCCACUACCGCCCUCCCGGAUGUCGACGUGACCCCUUUGUGCACGCCGCUCAACGCCGUGAGGUGCGGGGCUGGGGCGGCGGCGGUGGAGAUGCCGUGGCCACCGGCGGCGGCGGUCGGGAGGCUUCCUCGGGAGAAUCACCGGCAGCCGGCUGCGGCGGGAGCUGCUCCGGUACGACUGCAACGACUGCAGAAUGUGCGGCAGCCGCUGGAACGGCGACCGGCCCCCGAACAAGAAGACUCCGAGAAGGAAGGGGGGUCCGCAGAAUCCAACGAUUCGCCGUCGCCCCCUCCCCCUGCUCCGGAGGAAGGCUCCCACGAGGACUACCGCAGAGGAGGCUGUUUUCCGCCGGAGAGAGGAGGAGAAGCAGCCGUCAGCACCGGGGCCAAAGGCACCGUGCGGGCCAACGCUACCGAGGACACGGAGGAGGAGAAGGCGGCGGCGGCGGCGGCGGAGGCGGUUAGCAGCACCCUAGAGGCGCAGGAGGAAGAGGAGGAGGAGGAGGAGGAGGAGGAGGACCAGCUGGAGCACGCCGGGCAGGGACAGCGACAAGAACGGCAGCGACGACCGCCGCCCGUCGGGGUCGGGGGGGAGGAGCUCGAGCUCCUCGACGCCAGGGAGGUGCUGGGCGCGGAGGGCUUCGACGUUGAGAACAGCCCGGUCUCCCUCGCGGGGCGCCUGGCGGUCCAGCAGCUGUCUGCGAGGAGCCUGGCACGGAGAAAGAAUUCUCUCUCGGGGUCGGGGAGUCUCGCGGGUUGGGCCAGCGGCGGCGGGGGGGGCGGGGGGGGCACGCCGAGGAAGGCGGCGUUCCGCUUAAACUCAGCCGGAGUAUCCAGUCGUCGAAGGGUUAGUGGGGAUGGGAGGGUAGACGACGAGGACGGGUUCUCGACGGCAAGGGAAGGCACCAACGGCGGUGGGCGGAGUAGCAAGUUUUUCUGCCUCGAACGGGGGUCUUCCUGGCGUUCGGUCGCCGAGAGCGUCGGCUCCUGUGCCGGCGGCGGCGGGGGCGGGGGCGGUGGAGGUAUCGCUGCCGCGGUAGUUGCCGCUUACGACGGGAGCACCGCUGACAGCGAUGCGGAUAGCUCUGCUGCUGCUGUUGCCGCCGGGGGAGGUAGGACCCAGAGGGCGAGGUUUUACACCGCCGAGGACGGCGCGGAGAAGAAGCUCAUCGCCGAACAGGUCGAGGCCCUCCGCCGUGGCGGCGACGAUAAUGCGGCGCAACUGCUGCCGGUUCGCGCCGCCGCCGCCCCAUCGCCUGCCUCCUCCUCCUCCGUAGCAACAGCCGCAAGAGGGCCCACUUCGGCGGCCGAUUCCAAUAGCGCCUUCUUUGUGACUACCCUGUCGGGCGGAACGGGAGCGGCGGCGAGAUCGUCGUCGUCGACGUCUGCUGCUGCUGCUUCUAGCAACGGCGGUGACGGGCAUGGCCGCGGUGAUGCUCGCGGCGGGGGUGUGAGCCGCCGAAGGGGCGGCGGCGGCGGCGGCGGCAGCGGCGGGGGUGAUGACCGGGGAGGCGGGGGUAGUGGCGACGGUCGUGGUGGUGGCGGCGGUGAUUUUUGCGGAUCAGGGGAUGAGGAAGAAGAGGACUCCGGCGAAGACGAUGGCGAGGAGGAGGAGAAGGAAGAGAAAGCGAAGGCAGCGCCUGCGGCGCCGCCGGGGGAAGGGCUUGCGUCGGACUUCUUUGCUGAGGCGGUGCUGGAAGAGUUUACGGUUGAUGAUGGGGAGGGUGCGGCUGAGGCAGCGGCGACGCCGGCGGCGGCGGCCGCGGCGGCUGCGGGUGGUUCUGCCAAGACAAGAGCCGUAACUCCUGAGCCCCUCCCGUGGAGGAAAAACAAGAGGAGGUCCUCCUUGGAAGCCUUCACUUUCUCCAAGGGCGUCUUCCAGCUGGCUAGCCCCGCCAACGCUUCCACCGCCGGCAGCGUCAAUCUCGGUAGUGGUGCUUUGACGGGAACUGGCGUGGCCGUCCCGCCUCCUCCCGGAAUUUGUUUGGUCGACCAGGCUAAGGAGCUGCAGGCCAGGAGAAAGUACGAGGUCAGCCUGAGCGAGAAGGCCCUCGCAAAGGAGAAGAGCCGGAGCGGGAGCGGGGAGCAGCACGGCCGAGUAGUUCCCGAGGUAUCAUCGUCAAGCAUGGAGCAGAAAAGCACCGGUCAGGCGGGAGGAGAGGUCGAGGAGCAGCAGGAGGAGGAGGAGGAGGAGCGUAACAACAACGCGGCGGCGGGGGCGGCGGCCUCUUCUUCGACGGUUGCCCUCGAUGGCGGCAAGAGCGGUAAGAUCAGCAACGGCGGCAUCCCGUCCAGAGCAGCGGGGACGACGGCGGCGACCGUAGCGGCGGCGCUGCGGCGACGGCGGCUGGCCGCGGCCGCCGCCGCUAGUUCUUCCUCCUCCACCUCCUCGUCGACUACGAUCGCCAGGCCAAGGGGCACUGUAGACGAUCCCUCGCAGGCGCAGUCGCCGCAGUCGCCGCAGUCGCUGGCCCCGGCGCCGUUCGCCCCGCUCGGCAAGAAGCAGAAGGCGGCCGCCGCCGCCGCCUCCGACACGGCGAGGACGGGUGCUGCUGCGGCGGCGACGGCGGCAGGAGGAGGAGGAAGAGGGAAGCUGCUGCUGCGGCCGCCGCCGGUUCGUUGUGGCGGCGAAGAGGAAGGAGCGACUGCUGUUUCGGAGGGGAGGCAGCAGGCUGGGCUGUCUUCUUCUUCUUCUUCUUCUUCUUCUUCUUCUUCUUCUUCUUCUUCUUCUUCUUCUUCUUCUUCUUCCCACAAACAUCAGCAGCAGCAGCAGCAGCAACAGCAAGUUCUUCCCCCGCGGCUGCUAGGCCCGGCGGCGCGGCGGCGAAGCUUGGUCUCCGUGAGCCCGAACACGAGCAGCGGCGGGAGCGAGGUCGGGGACGACUCCUUCCACAGCGCGGCGAGCAAAGCGGCAUCGGGAAACCAUUCCAAGGACGGCAACAAGGUCGGAGGCGGCAGCGGCAGUGGCGGCGGCGGCGAGGUCGCCGGGGAUCAUGCGGCGGCAAAGAUGGCGGGGCUGAGGCGAGCCGGAGGAGGGGUCGCCGCGGAUGGGUUUUGGCGCUUGGGGGGGAGGGCGGCGAAGACUGCGCGGGAGGAGGGGGGGGGCGGGGGCGGUGAUCCCGAGAGCGACCAGGGGUUGGUGGUGAGCAGAGGGGUGUCGGUAACGGCCGACGUGCACGUUCCUUUUGCGACGGUGGCGGUCACGAGGGGGGGCAAGCUCUGCGGGAGGAUCGUCGCCAAAGAGUUCCUGCUCGAAGACGGUGGCCGCGUGGAGGGGGAGGUGGAGUGCGACUUUGCCGUGAUCGAAGGGUCCCUCGAGGCGUCGCUCGUGUCGAAGGAGAUGGCUACGGUAGGCCCUUCGGCCAGCAUCAACGGGGACGUGAUCUACAACGUGCUCGAGCUAGACCGGGGUGCCAUCAUCACGGGCAGGCUCUUCUCCAUCAGGUCGACAACAGCAGACUCUUCCUCGUCCUGUUCGGUGCCGUGGGGAGGGGCACCGCGACCCUUGCCGCAGGAGGAAGAAGAAGCCAAACAGCUCCGGCUAGAGAGAGAGCUAAAACUCGCCAUGGCGGAAGAUGGCGCGGGACCCGGUGCUGACCGUUCCAUCCCGAAGGAAGACACGGGCGCCGAUGAGGACGGUUACGAGCCCGUCAUCAUGAACUCCGAGUGGGCCUCCGCCCGCGGCUCCCCUGUCGACCCCGAUCUCCUAAUUCAAUCGGCAAACCCUACCCCUGCCCCUGUCGGGGGAGAGCAAUCCAGCGGCCGUGGAGGCACCGCAGUAGCAGCAACACAGCAGGGUUCUCGUGCCGGUUCGGGUGCCGGUUCGGGUGACCGGAACCCGCCGACGGCCAGGCAGCCGGAAGUCGCGCCGGAAGAGGCGGUCGUGGAAGAAACCGUGGCGGCGGCGGCGGCUGUUGCGGGGGCUGCUCCUAAGAGCACGAGCCUCGGCCUGCUCGGCGGGGUUCUGUGGGAGACCGUUCUGGACGGCGUGGCUUGGGCAAACAGGCGUAUCUCAGCGUCGGAAGACGCUAGCCCUAGCAACGGCGGGACACCGCCGCCCGACAGCAACAACACAGCCGGAAGCAGCGGCGGCGGCGGCGGCGGCGGCGGUGGACGUGAAGCGAACGGAGCGGCGGCUUCGUUGCCGUCGACGGGUUCCGAGGACCGGUCCGCGGACCGUACCAGAAAGAUCAAGCAGGUCUGGAUUCGAGCAGCCGAGCGCCGAGCACAGAUCUCGUGA